UUCUCUCGCUCGCUCUCGCACGGCCACUCCAUCUUAACACUCGCUCCCUCUCUCUCUCACUCGCGCACUUGCUCUCUCUCUCUCUCUCCCUCUCUCACCACUGCUGCCUCUGCCUCGCUCGCUCCUCCACCCCCCUCCCCACCCACCCUUACCUCUCACACCCCCUCUCCCUCCACAACCUCAACUCUCUCUCAUACACAUCCACACACACAUCCAUACAUACACACACACACACUCACACACUCACUGCUGCUCCUCCUAACACACACACACACACACACGGGCACAUAAACUCACACACCGGCACUCUCUCCCGUACCUGUGCAGAACAGGGGGGUGCUGUACGAAAGAGAAGAGGGUGCUGCUUUUUUCUUUCUUUUUUCUUCUACCUUUUCCCUUUUGAAGGUGCUCAUCACUCUCUCUCGCUUUUUGGGGGAGAGGUGUGCAAACAAAAAAAAGAAAAGGGGGUCACUCAUUUCCUCUUUCCUCCUUCUCUGCUUCCUGGAAUGCUAAAACUGGACUGAUGGACAUUUCCGAACUUUGCAUCCCUGAUCCUCUCAGCUAUCAUAACCAGGCCUCCUUGUCCCAUUCAUUAGGCCGAUUACUCAGUCCACUGGCCACUCUGGAGCCCUCUCACUUCUGGCUGUUGAACAGGAUGGCCGCUGAGGAGCGGCACCUGCCAUCCAGCUGUGGCUCGUACAUAAAGACGGAGCCGUCCAGUCCUUCCUCGCUGGUGGACACAGCCAGCCACCCGAGUCCAGGUGCCCAUUCAGACGCCAGCGGCGGUUACGCCAGCGCCAUCAACAGCCACUCCAACGGCCUGGACUCUCCUCCCAUGUUCACGCCGGCCGGGCCCCUGGGGGCCGCGGGCAGCGCCUGCCGCAAGCGCUACGAGGACUGCUCCAGCACGCUGCUGGAAGAUUCGGGCCCCAUCAAGUGCGAGUAUAUGCUCAACUCCAUCCCCAAACGCCUGUGUCUGGUCUGCGGAGACAUCGCCUCGGGCUACCACUACGGUGUGGCCUCCUGCGAAGCCUGCAAGGCCUUCUUCAAAAGAACGAUACAAGGUAACAUAGAGUACAGCUGUCCGGCCACCAACGAGUGUGAGAUCACGAAGCGGAGACGCAAGUCCUGUCAAGCUUGUCGCUUCAUGAAGUGUCUGAAAGUGGGAAUGCUGAAAGAAGGUGUUCGUCUGGACCGCGUGCGAGGAGGCAGGCAAAAGUACAAGAGGAGGAUUGACACAGAGAACAGUGCUUACCUGGGCCUCACACUGCCACCUCCAGCUAAGAAACCAUUGACAAAGAUCGUGUCCCACCUUUUGGUAGCAGAGCCAGAGAAGAUCUAUGCCAUGCCAGACCCCACCAUGCCUGAGAGUGACAUCAAGGCGCUGACCACUCUGUGUGACCUGGCUGACCGUGAACUGGUGGUCAUCAUCGGCUGGGCUAAGCAUAUCCCAGGUUUCUCCAGCUUGUCUCUAGGAGAUCAGAUGAGUCUUCUGCAGAGCGCCUGGAUGGAGAUUCUGAUCCUGAGCAUCGUCUUCCGCUCGCUGCCCUACGAGGACGAGCUGGUGUAUGCCGAGGACUACGUGAUGGACGAGGAGCACUCGCGGCUGACGGGGCUGCUGGACCUCUACGUGUCCAUCCUGCAGCUUGUCCGCAAGUACAAGAAGCUGAAGGUGGAGAAGGAGGAGUUUGUCACGCUCAAGGCCAUCGCUCUCGCCAACUCAGACUCCAUGCACAUAGAAGACGUGGAGGCGGUUCAGAAGCUCCAGGACGCUCUGCACGAGGCCCUGCAGGACUAUGAAAGCGGGCAGCACGCAGAGGACCCUCGGCGGGCAGGAAAACUGCUAAUGACCCUGCCGCUGCUCCGGCAGACCGCCACCAAGGCCGUGCAGCACUUCUACAGCAUCAAGGUGCAGGGAAAAGUGCCCAUGCACAAACUGUUCCUGGAAAUGCUGGAGGCCAAAGUCUGAGCGACCCGGCGCGCGACAGGCCACGGCCGAGCCGCCGCGGCAACAGCGGACAGAGGCCGUGUGAUAGAGACCCACUAACUGAGGAGAGGCACGGGGAGAGACGCACUGCUGAAUGACAGACAACUAACUUAUAAACUCUUAUAAACUCACCUUACGCUCUCUCUUUUUGACCUCUUUGUCUUUUCAAACCUGUCUCCCUCGUACUGUCUCUCGCGGACAUGAGACGUUUUUAAAGACCUGAAAAAAGAAACUUCAAAGUAUAAAUAUAAUAAAUGAAGAAGAAAAUUUAAAAUAUAUAACAAAAUCCUAUGUACUUGUACAGUAAUGAUUUUUUUUUGUUUUGUUAUGUUUAUGGUCUGUGAUUACGUAUGACGGGAGAAACCUCUCCAACUGGGAUGGAUCUCAAAAAGGUGGUCAGUCAGACACUUUUUUUAUUUUGAAUUUUUUUGAAAAACUAACUCUCUCUAUACAUGUCAUAAUAAAAAUCAGACCCACUACUAGGUAAGCUGUGGAGCAUCUCUUAAUGCCGAGCUAACCCACACGCACACUCACUUGUGAUGCGUGUGAUGGUUCAACCAACCCCCUGGAUGCUACCAGGACUCGUAUUGCCAGGACUAUGUAAAUAUUCAUCACAGUGUGACACUCAAAAUGAGAUGACUGUACAGGCAAAAGUUGGGAAUGUUGGGGGGGAUCAACAGCCAUGUUGUCUCGCUCUGCCUGACGUGAUGGGGGGACGUGCAAAAGCUGUGCAAAGCCGCAAAGACAAACGUGAGCUCUUUCAGUUUCAACGUCCUUGAAUAUAUACCUCUUGAGAACAGUGAUCCCUGCAGCAUCGAUUCAUCACAGGCAGCAUUGAUUCAUCCCAGCGCAGGAAGACACAGCUGGUAAACAUGUUUAACCAAACAAGCGUAGCCAGGUAGUCCGAUGUGUUACUCUGUAGUGAAACUCAGCAAUAAAAGGGAGCUGACUGGACGGGUGACGGGGACCUCACUCCUCUGACUGCUUCUCAAUGCUGCUGCCGUUUAAACCCACCACCCUUUGGUAUGUUCAUCUGUUCCAUGUGUUGCAAGUGGGUGCAUUUCGGCAAUAAACGCACCACUCGCCCAUUGCACUGUGGCCCCGUUUUUUUGUUUUCUCCUAUUUGUUGUUGUUGUUGUUGUUGAUGAUGAUAUUGUUGCUGCUGCUGACGUUCUCCUCCACCCAAAUUCGGUUGGUUGGACGGCCAAGUAAGCUGGUGCUAAAUGUUUGCUGGCGGGCUGACAAACCGACCCGAUUUGGGCAGAGUGAAAGAUGAGCGAGGGAUUGGUGGGGGAGAUGGGUUGGGGUUGGUGGGGGAGGUGAGGGUGGAGGAGGUAUCAAAGGAUUUAUGCCGAGUGGCUAUAGUCCAGGAGAUUCCACGUUCAAACAAUCAGAGGCCCAUAUGUCAAAGGAACUAUUCUGGGCGCGCUAAGCCGCAGGCAGAGCCGUGCCGCACAGAGGAAGCAAGGUGCCCAGCAUCUGUUCGGCCCGUUUUAGAAGUGGCCCGUCCUUUUUAUAGGCCCGGCACUUUUAUAGCAAUGUAUCCAAAUGAAGGUGAACGGCAGGUGCUGGUCUUUCACACCAGCUUUAUUUUUAGGCCUCCAAAGGUGGCGCUAGGCUGGAGAGCGCAAGCGGAGGGCUCUCGACCUCUUGUUGACACAAUAGCGCUGACGCAUAGAUUGCUAAAAAGGGCUUUGAAGCAGGCAUCUACAUAAACAGCUAAUUACCCCCUAAACCCUCCCUGCCAAAGGCCCCAAAUGUGUGAACAGCCACACAGAACAGCUAGAAAACACCCACGUCGCUCCGGUUCUCGCGCAACAAACAUCUCAGCAACUGUGUGAAUUCUGCUCUGAAUUAGAGCUGCCAUGUUGUUUUGUUUGACCUUUUGUGGUGCAUGAUGGGAAACGUAGUUCAGUGCUGUAGAUUUCCGCCACCCUUUUCCUCCAUUUCGAAAAAGGGAGUCCGCCGGGAGGGGAUGGCUUUUACUACUGAUGUCAUUUUUAAUGUGAUGUUGUAAAUUGUGGCACUGUCACAAUUUGAUACUGUGAUCAAAGGAAGGAACUGGCCUUGUGAAGGGUGACGGUGGCCAGCUUGCUCGCUAUAUCAUUGGCCAAGGUGCAUCCUGCUGUACACUCAUUGGCUACUUAACGGAGGAGGGGCCUCUUGUGGGCUUCUCCACUAAACUGUCUGUCUAAACUUGAAGUGGCCACAGUCCUGUGUAUGGAGUGGGCUUAGCCAGGCAGAUACGGACAAUGUAAUACAGGGCAUUUUUCAUUCUGUUGUGCAUACUCUGUGGGUAACAACCGGGACCAGUUCUGACUAAUAUUGUGCACUUUUUUAUUCACUGAAUCAUUCAGAAGACACUUUUAUUUUCAUUUUUCUGCAUAAAGAGAUUAAAUACUGCAAACACUAACGUUUAAAACUGGACAAAUUAUCAAGCUUGACCUCACUGAGCAAAGCAUAGUCUACUGGAAAGACUUUUUUGUGGCCUAUUCAAGUUGAUAUGUAACCUGUUUAAAUAAGCCUAAACUAUAUGGUCAAAAAUAUUCAACACCUGCUUAAUGUUUAUUAUUUUCUCUAAAUUAUUGGUAUUAAAACAUUAUCCUGGGUUUAUUUUAGUAACUGUCUUUACAGCCCAGAGAAAGCUUUUUAAAAGAUUCUGGAACAUUGCUGUGAGGUUGUUUUAUUAUAUUCAGCAACUACCUAAAACUCAACUUGUCUCUAACUCUCCAACUCAUCCCAAAAGUAUUGUAUGGAGCUCCACUGCUCAAUGCUGAGGGUUUCAUACCCCACUAGACCCCACCUGAUGUUAGGCAACUUUUCCAGACAGUCCUAUUCUAUUAGCAGUUCUUCACUACAGAGCCUAAACAAGGUGCAGCAUGGAUUAAUGGAUUUAUGUAGAAAGAGCGUGCACAGGUAUUUGGACACAUAGUGAACACUGAACUCUACAACAUGCAAUAUUUAACUUAAGUAACUACCUCAUCAUUUACCCCUUUAUAACUAAUAGACUUUUAAAUAGAAAGGUGCUGGAGGGGUCUGUAAGAAAUGGCAUGACAUAAGACAAAACAUUUUUAGAUUAAAAUGUCCGUGUAGAGGUUCUAUACUGGUUUAAAUUGUUCUUUAUUAAAUAAAAAAGUGGUGUUUUUAUGGCAUCGCUCAAGGAAUCCUUUGCAGCACCUUCAAAGGCCUUUAUUGUAGGUCUCAGUUUAGACACUGUGUGAACAGUAUAAGAGCACCAGGGGUGCAUAUGUUAUCAGCACCUGCAUUGCAAAUUGCAAUGAUGUUCACUGAUCAGUCAUAUCAUUAAAACCACUGAAAUUACCAUGUUUGUAUUUGGGCCACUUUUUGGCACAUCAGUGAGAUUCAUGGAGGUCGCUCCUUGACAUAUUUAAGAUUUAAAACGAUUGAUGUUAUCAUAUUUGUGCCAAAAACAACAAUACAGAGGUCCUUUUGAGUUCAUGUUUUAACAGAUCUGGGGUGGAUUUUCCAAAGGGUUCUUAGCACUAAGAUAAUUCUUAGAUGGUCUGAGCACUCUCUCUCUCUCCAUGUUAAAAUGUUCUUAAUGCUAAGAUGCUUUUGGAAAACCCGGCCCAGACCUGUUCUAUAUAAUUGGCAUCAUACCACACCUUUGGGACAGCUUUAGUGGUCCUUUGGAGUCUAUGCUUGUGUGGGCCCUCCUACACAAAACUAGUGAUUUUAAUGUUAUGGCUGACUGGUAUAUAUCCCAGGCUGCAGCACCUAGAUUCGUAAAGCUUUGAGAGAGCAACACUGUAUGUAAGUGCAGAACCGUCAAUAAGCACUACUGCCCCCGGCACCUGCGCUAUUUACAUCUGCUCCAUUACAGCACCCACUCCACCUACCAUUUACCCUCAGUGCACCACCCUUCAGCCCCCUUCAGUCUCAGUUUCAUCAGCUCAACUUUCAAAUUAAAAGUGUAUUUGUUUAGAAAUAAUAAAUAUGGUAAAAAAAAAAAAAUACACCCAGUGUGUCAAUUAACUGUAACACAUGUAACCAGAUAACCAGAACAUCCCCCAUCCUUCCAAACCCCUGUAGAAGAUCCCACGCAGCAUGCAGACAGUCAGAAUUGGUCCCACUGUGUUCAAAUGUCGAAAAAUGAAAAGGGAUUUUAUUUUCUCCUGAGAAAAGUAUUUAUUGUGUGUAUUAUAUCACUUUGGCUGCACUGUACAAUAAUAUCUCUGAUUGUUCAUUUAACAAUUCCUGUGUCACAUUUCUGUUUUUUUGUUUAUGUUUUUUUUGGGUUUUGAUGUCAAAAAAAUGAGAAAAGGAACAAAGAAAAGAUAUACUCCCAA